AGUAUUCCGCGGGUAAUUCCACAGCUGUCGAGCGAUCAUAUACCAAAACGCAAACACAGAAACGCACACUCGUCUACGAUGUCGGCUGUAGGCGACCUUUCGAUUACCGUGCGCAAGGUGGCGGAGGAUGUCAAGAACCUCAAGGCCGCUUACGAGGCCAAGAACGAUGCCCAGUGCAACACCCUUCUGGCAGACGUCAAGCGCCGCAUCAUUGUGUUCCCCACGUUUCUCAACCCUAGCGCCACCAGCAGUACCCGCGGCGAGGAGCUGUCUCUCGCGCGGGACUACCUUGAGCUUGGCGUGCUGGCUACUGCCCACCAGAAGGACCUCGCCUCGUUCGAAGUGUAUUUUAGUCAACUGCAGGUCUACUACAGCGACAUGGGCGCGGAUGAGCUGUCGGAGAGUCCGCAGUUUCUCAUGCUGCUCGGUCUGAAUCUGAUCCGUCUGCUGGUGUGCAGCCGCAUUGCGGAGUUCCACUCCGAGAUGGAAAAGAUCCCGUUUGAGGCGCACGGCGGCAACGUGUACAUCCGCUUCGCUGUGGAGCUGGAGCGGUACCUGAUGGAGGGGAGCUACAACAAGCUGCUCACCUCGCGCAAGAAGGUGCCGGCGAAUGAGUACCUGCCGGUGGUGGAGAUGCUGGAGCAGACGGUGCGGGACGAGGUGGCGAACUGCAUUCCGCAGUCCUACACCCAACUGUCAAUCCCAGCCGCGCAGCGUAUUCUGAUGGUGGACACGCAGGACAAGGUGCGCGAGAUUGGCGCGGAGCGCAAGUGGAUGCUGUCGGACGACAAGUCGCAGUUUGUAUUUGUACGCGCCGAGGACACCCUCAAGAAGGAAAUCCCGUUCAAAGAGAUGGUGGAGCAGCACAUUCAGUUUGUCGCUGACCUGCAGAACAUCGUGUAA